UCCUACGAUAUUCAAUGAAAAGAUCCUGAAAGAUCAUUACCUUGUUUCUGAUUUAAAUAUCAUUUGCUGAAGCAUCCAAUGCAGAGUGCCACUUACUAACACCGAUUACUACUUAGUUGAAGCACGCAAUCUAGGUUUCGUAUUGGUACUUGUACUAAACACACUCACUCACAAGGUGAAACAUCAUUCUAACUCAAGUAUAUUCAUGCUACUAGCUUACCCUAUGAGUGAUACGAUGCAUAGAGAAUGACUAGACAUCGCGCUACUUCGCACAACUUCAUUUAAAACCAUUUCAACCAGCUAAAGCAUGGGUUUUUCUUCGCACAUUGAGGUUACCAGUUCAAGAACAAUCCGUUGCAAGCUCGAGAAUAAAGAUUUGUUGGUUGAUGCACGCCUAAGAGAGGGGUUUUUUGGGCGAUAAUAUCUUCUGUUAUCCAUGAAUGAAUCCAAUUCCAAUAAAGUUCCUUUUCAUAACCCUUUUUGUUCCCCUUUGUUCAACUCGGGAAAAAUAGAACAACCUUCCGGUGUAAUCCCAACCAAUAAACUGUCCAUUCAAUAAUAAAAAAAACCGUAAAUUUAUCCCACGAUAAAACAAAAAAUGUCUCUUGGCCAGUUAUCCUGGCAUCUUACAAAGAUUCCAAAGAUGUCACUCCCCGCAGAAAGUCGACGACCAGCAGGAUUAAUGAGGCUGGGAUGGGGAAUCCCAUCCCAUGGGGAACUCAUCGCUGGACAUCACUUGCAGAAGCAACGAAUCUGAUCGAAAAGAUACUACUACCUUAACUAGCCGCACACGCAGGGAUGACUCAGCAGCAGUUGAAUCAACUCAUUUUCAUUAAAUUUGCAGACAAUUUCACGGACCAAUCGAGCACGGCGCUCAAGAAGUCGAAUGGUAACAAGGAAGGGUAGCUAAGGAAGACAAGCCCUCACACGGCGGAAUAGAGAGAGAGUGUUUGGGUUUUCCUUGAAGCAUCACCACCACUACCACUCACCACCGUGGUUCUAAGCAGCGAGUUCGCACUCACAUACGAGAGUGCAUUGUGCAGGUUGUAGUAAAGGUGUGGGGAGGAGCGGGUGGGUGCAACUACUGGCCCCACCGCUUCUUGUAAGGCGGCGACGGCGGCGGCAGCGUUGGUUCGAUGCGUGAGUGCAGAACAUAAAGACAGAACCCAAACAACACCCAAAUGCCCCCACGCAUCGCGCGCGCAAAUCUUGAGCCCUCGUGGAGGGGGGGACUAUAUAAACAUGAUCGCCGCUCGGGUCGGUUUCGAUUGUGCGCGGAAAGACGCAAUGUGGCACACAACGCGAGUGCGGUCGUCGGGUUUGCUGCUGUGAUCGGUGCGCCGGAACGAUACAGUCCACGAUUGGACCGAGGGCUGUAAAGACGUUAACAACGAAUUUCCGUCCGAGGUCAGAACCGAAGCGGAUGGGGACGAAUAUCGGCACCAACAUACCAACAAAGCCACAAUUAAAUAUCAGCUGCAGCUGUGAAAAGUGAAGUGACAGUUUCGUGGCGCGCGCGCUUACUUUCCCGCACAGUUGUUUAUAAUGAUCGGUCGCGGUAGCAAUCACAGCUGGCCGUGUCGAUGAUGGUGAUCGAGAGUGUUUAUUUGUUCUUGCAUCUACUAGCAGGUGGCUGUGUCCGUUGUUAACCAGUGAAAAAGUGAUCUCAGUGAAAUUUAUUGAUACUUCCAUGAGUACGUGCAUAAAGGAGAAGAGUGUACUUUAAGCGAGUGUACCCCCGAAUAAGUGGCCACUUUCGACACUUCAGUUCGAGCCACUUCGGGGCAAGUAUUGUGUACACUUCAAGAUCGCACUGACCGCCAGCGGGUUGGGCUUCGUAGCGAAGCAAAGCACGUUAAAAAGUGAACCAUAUCAAGGCCGGUACAACUGCCGUACAACGUGCUCGCUAGUUUUAAACGGUCCGUUUUCUCGUCAGUAUUAACACGCUGUUGUAGUUUGUCUGUGGUGUAGGGUUUGUUUUGAGUGUGUUUUUUUUCUUCUUAUUGUAAAAGUCCUACGACAUCUGUUCAUUCCUCUCGACAUCAUGUGCAAAAUCACAACACGAUCCAGUUUGGCGUUGUUCAUGUUGACGGCGGCGGCGUCCCUUCUUGCCGAUGCGUUCGCCACACCUUGGGGCAGUUAUUACGACUACGGCGGACAUCCGUCAGGACCGCAGGUAUAUCAGUACAACCAGCGCGUCGAGCAUUACCGACAGGUGCCGGACAGUGUGCCCGCCUCGUCCGGUGCGAUCAACUGUCGCUGCACAAAGCUUCGCUACUGUACCAAGAUACUGGAAAUGCUGCGCAAUCCCAAGCCGAGCUACGGUAGCUUCAACUCCAAGCUGAAGGAACUGGCCUGCGGGUACGGCACGGACAAUGAGCCCAACAUUUGCUGCCCGCUCGACGAUAGCUGGCUGCGGGACGUCGGCACGGAUGAUCACUCGUCGGAGGAGUCCGAUCCGCACGAUACGGCGGGCGCCAUCGGGUGGGACGAGGGCUACACCAACCGAAAGUCGGACCAAUGGUCACGGGAGCGCUUCAAGUACAUACCGAUGACGGCGUCCGGGAAGGAUGGCAAGCGAGCAGAUAGCACCAGAACGCCGACCGCCGGCGGCAACCGCUGGAAGCAGCAGCGACCCCAAAACGGCAACACGAUCGCUCAGUUUGAGGAUCCGAAAACGAUGAAAAACUGUCCCCCGGUCAUUUAUCCCAACGAGGCGGAAGUGUCAUUACGCCCCACGAAAGCUUACGUUGCCCCCGUCAUGCGAACGACGACGCGACAGCCGGUGCUGGGCAGCAACCGACUGGCCGAAACGACCCCCCUCCCCACUACCGAACCACCACAGCCACCCACGACAGCAAUACCGACGACCACGGAACUGUUGACCACCGUGCUGCCGACGGUUGUGCCCGAUCAGCCGAUGAUUAAUGCGCCGCUGUGCGGAUUGUCGGUGAACACGCGCAUCAUCGGCGGCGAGACGGAGGUACCGGGACAGUUUCCCUGGAUGGCGCGGUUAGCCUACCGGAAUCAAACUUCUGGACGCGUAACGUACCGUUGCGCCGGAUCGCUCAUCACCAACCGGCAUGUGAUAACGGUGGCCCAUUGUGUCACGAAUCUUAUUGAUGAACUUCAGCUAGUCAGCAUACGGUUGGGCGAUCUGGAGUGCAAUGCCGUGACGGAUCCGCGCUGCAGUGCCCGCUAUCAGGACUUUGCGAUCGAGCAGAUCAUUCCGCACGAGAGCUACGACGUGCCCAAGUACGCCAACGACAUCGCACUGAUCAAGUUGCGCGAAACGACCGAAACGUACAACAUCAUCAGCCCGCUCUGUCUGCCCACGGACCAGUACGCACCGUACGCGCUUAACCUAACCGGCCAGCUCGGUAUCAUUGCUGGCUGGGGUUCAACCAGCAAUCGAAGCAACACACCCAGCCCGACCUUGCAGUGGCUACGGUUGCCGAUCGUGGACACGGCCGGCUGUGCCAACGCGUACGCCCGCUACAGUGUCAACUCGCGCAAUCCCAUCAUCGUCAGCGGCAACCAGAUGUGCGCCCAGGGGCAGGAAAACCGGGAUGCCUGCCAGGGCGACUCCGGCGGACCGCUGAUGAACGAAGCCAUCUCGACGCGUGACCGGUUCGUGCUGCUCGGGCUGGUCUCGUUCGGGCCGCGCACGUGUGGCGUUUCCAACUUCCCGGGCGUGUACACGCGCAUUUCGGCUUACAUUGAUUGGAUAUUGGCCAACGUGAUGCGUUAGUCGCGGUCACACCCGACGCAGCAACGGGGAGUAGUGGGAGGGUAGUGGUAGGGCAGGGAGAGUAAAUUAGAGAAUAGGAGAAGACAUAAGGAUAGUAACUGUGUUUCUUGUAUGUAGUAAGCGUUUGUUUUUUUUUGAACCGAACCAUAAUGUGUUGUCUCUCUUCUGUCGGUUCGCAUUCUACGAGGUGUUGCAGAGCUAGUGAAAUUUAAAUACAAACCAUGACUGAAUAGUGUGA